AUGGCUAAUGAGAAGAACAGAAUAAACAACACAGGAGAUGAUGAUGAUGAUGAAAAAACGAUCUCAUCACAAUACGAUGAUGAGUUGAAACGCAACAAGAGGAUCAAAUUGGCAAUCUACAUUGCCAUCUUUGCUGUGUUUCAAGCCAUUGUUAUUUUAGUUUUUGGACUCGUUAUAAUGCGUGCCAAGUCUCCAAAGCUAAAGCUUAGCAAUAUCGAGUUCAAUAAUCUGGACAUUGUCAACAGUGAAUCUCCUUCGUUUGACAUGAACUUAAGGGCCAUGGUGACGAUCAAGAACCCCAAUUUCGGGCCAUACGAGUUCCACGAGACGGUGGCCACCUUCUCCUACGGCGGCGCCACCGUGGGACAGGCAAUCAUUCCCAUGGGCGACGAUGGAAUGAUGUCCACCAAAACGAUUGAUGUGAUUGUGAGUUUGAGUUCUUCUCAGUUGUCAAACACCGGUGAUCUUCGCAGGGAGUUUAGCGCCGGAACGUUGACUCUCAACAGUGUGGCCACCAUGACUGGAAAUGUCAAGCUAAUGUUUUUCGUGAAGAAGAAGAAGAAGGAAGCGCAUAUGAACUGCACUAUUACCAUGGAUAUCAAUCAAAAAAUACUCCAGUUUUUAGAAUGCAAUUGA